CACUCAGAUUGUGCCAGAGAGCAAGAGAGAGGAACUGGGGUGAGCAAGCGUUGUGGCUUUGUCUGUUUCCUGUUUCAGCAAGGCUGCUGUGCAGAAAGAAAGACAGUACGAAGAAGGAAAAUGCUAAGGGGGCCCAGGGCCAUGGACUGACAGCUUGCACUUGACCCAGCUGCUGCCUUGCCCCAUCUGAGACCACAGCCAAGAUCUGCCCAGCAGCUGGAAUGCUUUCCUGAGCUGCUUGGUUUGGAGCCUGGGACCCAAGACCCAGGCAGCUAUUCCAGGAACUGGAAGCCAAGCACAACAGGUGCUCAGGAGGUCAUCAUGAUCAGCCUGGACCCCAGGCCUUCCCCUGGCUUGGCCCGGUGGGCCGAGAGCUAUGAGGCCAAGUGUGAGCGCCGGCAAGAGACCCGUGAAAGCCGCCGUUGCCGCCCCAAUGUGACCACUUGCCGCCAGGUGGGGAAGGCGCUGAGGACCCAGCAGAGAGAGCAGCUCCAGAGAGCACGACAACAGGAGUUCUUCAGGAGGAGGAACCUGCAGGUGGAGGAGAAAGGCAAGACACAGAGCCCCAGGGCCAAGGAGCACGGUCCCUCGAGGAGGCCAGGCCAGCCAACUGACCUCAAGGAGCCCUUGUCUUGGGCCAGCAGGAUCUCCUCCUCCCCCCGGCAGCAGGUGUCAGGAACCAGCUCUGACGCCUUUCCAACUCAGCGUCACCCUUCCUCAAGCACCCAGAGGGAUCUGGCUCACCUCUCCUCCCAGGCUGGGGGCCUUUCACCACAGGACUCUCCCAUCAAGAAGCCACCCACACACCACCGUGGCACUCAGACAAAGGCAGAAGAAGCCCAGCCAACAAUUAAGAAUGAUGCCAGUCAGCAAACCAAUUAUGGAGUUGCAGUUCUAGAUAAGGAAAUCAUCCAGCUUUCUGAGUACCUCAAAGAGGCCCUCCAAAGGGAACUGGUUCUAAAACAGAAAAUGGUGAUUCUCCAAGACCUACUGUCCACGCUGAUAAGGGCCUCUGACAGCUCUUGGAAGGGCCAGCUUAAUGAAGACAAAUUGAAGUGCAAACUGAGAUCUUUAGAAAACCAGCUGUACACCUGUACCCAGAAAUACUCCCCCUGGGGAAUGAAAAAGGUGUUAUUGGAGAUGGAAGACCAGAAAAACAGCUACGAGCAGAAAGCCAAGGAGUCGCUGCAGAAAGUGCUGGAGGAGAAAAUGAGCGCAGAGCAGCAACUGCAGAGCGCGCAGCGGUCCCUGGCUCUGGCUGAGCAGAAGUGUGAAGAGUGGAGGAGCCAGUAUGAAGCUCUGAAGGAAGACUGGAAGAGCCUGGGGACCCAGCACAGAGAGCUGGAGAGCCAACUCCAUGUGCUUCAGUCCAAACUGCAGGGAGCAGACAGUAGAGACUUACAGAUGAACCAGGCUCUGAGACUUCUGGAGAAUGAGCACCAGGAACUGCAGGCCAAGAUUGAACACCUGCAGGGGGACAGAGACCUGUACAGCUCGGAUACGCAGCACCUACAAGAUCAACUGAAGAGGUCAGAGGAGGAGAAACUCGCCCUGGUGGCCAAAGUACAGCAGCUGCAGAGUCUGCUUCAGAAUCAAUCCUUACAGCUUCAAGAACAGGAGAAACUCUUAACAAAGAAAGAUCAGGCUUUGCCUGUGUGGAGUCCAAAGCCCUCCCAUAAGGAAGUGGAACCUGAGGGUACAGGGAAGGAGAAAGAACGGGAUUUCAGAGACCAGCUGCAAAAGAAGACUUUGCAGCUCCAGGCCAAGGAAAAGGAGUGCAGAGAACUGCAUCUGGAGUUAGACAACCUCAGCGACGAGUAUCUCUCCUGCCUGCGUAAGCUGCAGCACUGUCGAGAAGAGCUGAACCAGAGCCCACGGCCGCUUCCCAGAAGGCAAUGUGGCCAAUGGCUCUCGAUGCUGAUGGUAAUGAUUGCCAUAGCACUGGCAGUGUUCCUGGCCAACAAGGAGAGCCUGAUGAUCUGAAUCACUUCGGACAGCUGCCUGGGUGAAAAUCUGAAGCAAGAAACUCAAAAAACUCAGAAUGUUUACAUACUUUAGAGUGUGGGUUUUCCCACAGAGAUUUCUGACUUUAUUAUUUUUUUUAACCUACUGUAAAAUAAACUUCACCUAACAA